AUGUACUCAUCCGGCGAAGAUUCUGAUGAAUGGGAAAGUGAUAGAUCCUUCCAUCCCUCUGAAGAAGACGAUGAUUCCGAUGAUUACGAUGAUGAUUAUCGUCGUAACAAUAGUGAUUAUUAUUAUUGUUCAAGUUGUGGAACCUAUCAUCCUCAUAAUAAUAGUACCACUUUAAAUACAAAGCCUUUUGGUUGGGCUGGUGCUUCAGCCUUCUCUAAGGAUGAUUUACUCUUUCAACAUCCUAUUUUCACUAUAUUGGAGGAUGCUAAACGGCCAACACAAGGAUCUGCACUUGUUAGAAAUUAUGUGAAGCGAUCAAUGCAAGCCUACUGGGCCAAACAACGUGAAGAAAGUAAUAACAAGGAGGAAACAGAAGCAUCUUCAUCUAUUGUCAAUAAUGUUCAUCAAGUUGACAGGGAAUUAUUAGAAAAGGCUAAAAUUGAAUUGUUAAAGUAUGAGAGGAAGGAAAAACAAUCCGAUGAAUUGGUAGAAGAAAUUAUCAAGUUUAAUCUCGAAGAAACUGAUAAUACAACAUUUCUUGAAUUGAACAUUGACGGCAAGAUUUAUAAAACCACUAGAAAGACAAUGAUGAAGUAUGAUUCAUUGAUCAAGGUAAUGAUUGAAAACAAGGAAAGUGGAGGAUUUGAUAUUGAAACAGAUUCUGCAGGAAGAGUUGUUUUCCGUUCAGUUCCUCACUCAGACUACUUUAAACACAUUCUCAUAUUUUUCAGAGGUGAUGACGAGGAGAUUACACCAAGUGAUAAAGAACUUUCAGACGAAAUUACUAGCACCAUGAGGAAAAAGUUCAAGUUUAUUACAGAAGGAUUCAAUUUGGCAAACUAUUUGGAAUUUCAUGAAAUUUGUAAUUACUUUUGUGUGAAAGAUUUGUUGACCUUGAUUGAGAAGAAGGUUGAAAAUUUCGAAAAUCCAUUAGGAUUAGAGGUUCUCUCUGAAAAGUACAGACACAUUGAACAAGAAAAAGAAGAAUAUUAUAAAAAAGUCAAGGCCAAUGAAAAAGCCAUUUCUCAAGCUGAUGAAAAAAUUAGAGAACUCAUUAAACAAUUGAGGUCAAUGGAAGAAAAAAAGUCUAAAUUGCUAGUUGAAAAGUUAAGAUUGAAGAAAGAACAGGAUUUAAUUUCGAAAUUGGUAGAAAUGAAAGCAUCAUUCAAGAAUGAGGAUGCGAAAUCCACCUCAGUUGAAGAAUUUGAUAUUGUUUUUAAUAUUGGUGGUGAAGAUUUUGCUUUCAAAUCAACUGAAUUGCUCAAGUACGAAUCUAGCUUACUUUACAAGUUAAUGAAUAAGAGUCAGGAUAAGAAGUCUAUCUUUUUGGAUAGGGAUCCUUCUAUGUUUUCUUAUAUUUACAAGUUUAUCAAGAAUGAAACUAUUCCAACUGGUUUGGCUAACCAAAAACAAAUUAAACUCAUUGAGGAGUCUAAAUUUUUUGGUAUUGAUGCUCUCACUGUAAAGAUAGAUAUUUUCAGAUAUCCUGUUGAAGAUUUAAGCGAGGAAGAUAGAGAAAUUAGAGAAACUGAAUCAAUUCUUAGAAAAUUGUUCAGUUAUGACAGACAAAAUCCUUUGAUUGAUGACCCUUUCGUGAACUUAAUCUCGGUGUUCGAUAAUGUCACAGAUUUUUAUCCUGUGGAACAACCAACACUAACAAACAUGUUGUUCGAUUUUGAAAAUAAUUCUGAACUACAUGGCAAGGAAAUACCAAUCAUUGCCACAGGAAAGGAAGAAUUUGAUUUCAACUUCAAGUCUUUCACUGCAAACAUUUUCGAAGAGUUGGAUUGGAAUGGAGUUUUCAUUGCAGGAGGAGCCAUUCAAACUUGUUGUAAAGCCCAUGCGAGUAUGUACAAUAAGAAGAUAGCAGCAACUAUGCUUCAGUCGUCUCAGGAUAUUGACAUUUUUUUGUACGGCCUUACUAAAUCUGAAGCAGAAGAUAAGAUUAGACAUAUUUAUUCGUUGGUCAAGAAGGUGAAAAAGGAUAAUUUUAUUGUUGUCAGAACAAAAUAUACCGUAACAUUCUGUGCCCCUGGCAUACCUGCUAUUCAAGUUGUUACCAGAUUAUAUAAGAGUUGUGCAGAGGUCUUGAUUGGUUUUGAUAUUGAUUCUUGUUGCGUUGGAUAUGAUGGAAACAAAGUGUGGUGUUUACCAAGAUUUAGAAGAGCAUUUACUCGUCGUUACAAUCUUGUAGAUAUUGAAAGACAAUCACUUACUUAUGAAUUAAGACUGCGAAAAUAUGCUUAUAGAGGAUUUAGAGUUAUGGUUCCAGGAUAUAAACCAGAACUUGUAAAGAAACCUGGCUUGUUAAGUCACUCUUACUAUUGGAAACAAAGUGACUUGAAUGGAUUAGCCUUAUUACUCUACUACCAGGCAGAUACUUCUGUUAUUAAUCCAUUUACAGCAAAACGAAACGACAAUAUUUCCAUCUCAAGCGAAUCCACUGAUUCUGAAGAAGAACAAGAAGGAAAGCAUUCAGAUUAUGGAGACUUUUUCUGUCACAAAAUCAUGUCAUACCCGUUCCCAUACAUGAUGAUCUCCUACAAAAACUUUAUUCAAAAACACAAGUGCCACUUUGUAUGUGCACUUAACGAUGUGGAAAGCAUAAUUGACUCGAAAGAUAUUCUAACUUCUAAUCAUACCAUUUCACCAACCAUUGAAUGGAUCACUGAACAACCUCAUCGUCAAUUAUUGGGAUCUCUUUUCCCUGUCUUUGAUAACUUUUAUGUUUGUGCCUAUGAUGCUCACUACAGAAAGAAGAAGGAUAGCUCUCUUUAUUAA